CAAAAAUGAAAGCACACACUUAAAUUGAUGGAGAUGUGUGUUAUUUAGUAAGACCACAUUGUUGGUUUGUUGAAGUUAAAAAGUCAGAAAUCCUUUUUUCUACUUCUGCUGAUUAAUAACCAGCAGUAAUCAUUUGUCCUAAUAAAAGAUUUUAAUGAAUAACAGAAGAUCCAGUGGCGUGAACUCAACUUGGAGCAACAAACAGAAAUCAGGAAGGUCACAUUUUGAACUUCUGCAGUGUUGUACAUCUUAGCAAACACCCUGGACAUCAGUCCGGACAUUGUUUAGAGCAGUUUAUUUCUCUUGUCUUUGUGUUCGCUGGUGUAGGAGUGUGAGAGAGAGGCACAGAGAAGCUGACUACCUGUUAAAUCCAUUUCCUGCAUUUCCCCUGAGAGCCCCAGUGAUGUUGUAGAAAAUGGAAAGUGUGCUCUUGUCCCAGCUUAAGUUCAGACAGGGACCCAGUCUCCGAGCUGCAUCUGACCCAACUCCAUCGCACCAUGGGCAGCCUCAGGCUCGGCCGCUGGCCCCUGAUUCUGGUCCGCAUGCUUCUCCUGCAAAUUCAGCCCGUUAAGGUGCAGGGAGUUGAUCCUGUAUCCCAGAAACUGCGACGACUCAACGAGCAGUUUCAGCAGUUCCAGGCACUGACCCAAGCCCGUUUGGACAUGCUGGCCUUGAACCAGAACAGAAACUCCUCGGGGGAGCUGGGGAGUCGUGUUCAGGCCCUGAGUGACCACUGGCACCACAUGUCAGAGGACCUCGAACAACUGAAGCAGAGCACAGCGCAGGAAAUGGAGGGUCUCAGAGAGAGCCAGAGGAAACUUGAGAAGAAGAGUAAGCGGAUGGAGGGCCGUCUGGCUUUAAUUGAGAGGAAUGUGAGGGAGAGCCGUCGCCACGCCCAGAAACAGAAGCCUGAUCCUGGUCAGGACUUCUUCAACCUCACCCUGGAGCUCCAGAGCCAAGAGGAAAGGUUAACGGCCCUUCAGGCCCAGCGUGACGAGCUGCUCAUUGGCCUAAAAGGGUUACAGGACUCCCUGAAAAACCAGGCCCUGCGUGUGACCCGGCUGGAGGGCCAGCUUGGGGAGGUCCUGCAGUGGAAUGGAGGAGGGACAACCAGAGGGCUGUGGAGGGCGGGAGAGCCCCUCGACUCCAACAUCACACCAAGGAAAUACUAUGAACCACGCAGGAGAGGCCAGACACAUAGAGGAGGGAGGCCUGGAAGGAUUCUGGAUGAACGUACCCAACCUAGACCAGAAGGUAUCAUCUACUCUGAGACUGAUAAUCACUCUCAGGUCUCAGUUCAGAGCAGAAACCCCCUACAGCCCUCUCAAUUCCAGGCAACACCAAACCAGCCUAAACAUUCAAAGGCCCAGAAGCAGACACCCACAGAUUACCUGGCCCAGCCUUACCCUUCCCGUCCCCAGUCACAGAUCCAGGUACAGGCCCACAUAAGGCCUUACCCUAUCCAGCAGGAGCAGCUACAGUCUCACCAGACUGUGCCUUAUCCUCAUGCUCAGAUCCAGUCUGAGGUCCAACAACAAUCCCAGCCUAAAUUAUAUCAUCAGAGACAUCAUCAGUUACACAACCCCAGUCGCCCCUCUUGGCCCCAGAACCUGUCCCAGGCUCCAACCCAACCUGAACCCAACAAAGACAAACAGAGCAGGACCCGCCUGGACCUGCCUGGGCCUCAGUCUGAGUCUUAUCAGCCAAGGAUGAGUGGGUGGGAUGGAGGACAAGAGGGAGAACAUGACACAAAAGUGGAGUCUUCAGUGAUCCACAACCUCCUCCAGCUUCCAGCGAGGCAAAAGAUCCCUGCGAGACCCGUUCCCAAAAAGGAUGCAACCAUCUGUAAUGUGGACUCCAUGCUGUUCUUCCCCACGGCUGCAGUUGAGAACUAUGUCACCUUCUCUCUGACUCUCCCCAACCUUCCUGAACUCUCUGUGUGUUUGUGGCUCCGUGUGGAGGCCUCGCAUGUCGGCACGCUGCUCUCUUACGCCACAGAUGACAACGACAACCAGUUAGUUCUGUAUGGACGCAACUCUUCUGCUUCAUCUGCAUCCCUCUCUGCUUCCUCUCCAUCAUUUUCCCACCCCUCCUCUUCUGCGUUCUCACCUUCUUCCUACGUCUCCUCCUCCACCCCCUCCCUGGACUUUGUCAUCGGAGACCCCGUCUAUCGUCGUCUCCCUGUAUCGUCGCUCCUGGACGCUCGCUGGCACCACCUCUGCAUUGUCUGGUCCUCCAUCCAGGGUCGAUUCUGGCACUACAUUGACCAGCGCCUCACCUCCUCAGGCUCCAACUUCAGGAAGGGCUGGGAGAUUCCGGGUGGUGGAUCAGUGGUGCUGGGCCAGGAACAGGACACCGUUGGUGGAGGAUUUGACCCUGCAGAGGGGUUUUCUGGGCAAGUAGCGGGGUUCAGGGUGUGGAACCGGGUGCUGAGUCCUUCAGAGGUGGAAGGGGUGGCACAAGGACGAGGUGUGCCCAGAGGGGUGGUGCUUGACAUGGAAGACAUAAAGGAGGUACAUGGGGAGGUGCAGCAGGUGGCAUGUGAAUGUUUAGAGCACUGUGUGUGAGUUUCAUCCCAAAGCUUUUCUGUAGGGAAUGUUGUCUCUUGCCAACCUGCCUAUAAAUGGCAGAAUAAAAGCUUAUUCUCUUUUAUA